AUGGACACCCAAACACAGACACAGACCCAAUCGCACGCAACCCAACCCCGCGACCUCCCCCCACUCCCCCCCGGCAUCCGCCCCCGCACCCUAAGCAACGCCUACCGCUCCCCCGCCUCAAGCACCACCCGCCGGCCCCGGCCCCCACCGCCGCCCCGCCAGACCAGCGACAUCGUGCUACCGCCAUGGCAGCCCGACUCCAGCGUGUCCAAUUGCCCCAUCUGCAGCUGCGGCUUCACGUUCUUCAACCGCAGGCAUCACUGCCGGAAAUGCGGCCGCGUCGUGUGCCAGGGAUGCUCGCCGCAUCGCAUAACGAUUCCGAAGGCGUUUGUGGUGCAGCCGCCGCAGAGCGCGGGGUGCUCGCAGGGGCUGGUGCCGGUGGUUGUUGGGGGCGGCGGUGGCGGUGGGAGUAGCAGUGGGGGUGCUCGCGCCCAUAGGGCGUCGUGGAGCCCUGAUGGUAGUCCGGCGCUGCUAGUGAGACAGUCGAGUGAUAGCGAAGACGACGGACUGCUGGUGAGGAUGUGUGAUGAGUGCUUGGGGCCUCAUACUAGGACACAGCAAAGCUACCGCACGCAUCCCCACAUCAACUACAACCACCCGCGCUCCCCACAGACUCCCACCGCCUACCACAACUCCCUCCCCUCCCGCCGGCCCCCACACAACUACUACCCCGUCCCCGCCCGCCGCGGCAGCGGCGACCUCUUCCAACCGCCGCCCCAGCAGCACCUGAAAGAGACCGACUACUGCCCCAUCUGCACGUCCACCCUGCCGCCCAUCCGCGCCAACGGCUCCGAGGAGGACCGCGAGGCCCACGUCCAGAACUGCAUCCGUCAGGUUGAGCAUAGCGUCUCCCCCGGCGGCGGCAGCGCGCCGGGCCGCGUCGGCAGCGGGAGUGCGCCGCAGCCCGGAGAGAUUGGCAGGGCACGGAGGUAUACGGGUGGUGGUAGGAUGGUCGUGUGGAAGGCGACGGAGAAGGAUACGUGGGCGAGUGUGGACGAUGAUGAGGUUACGCCGAGUUCGACGCCGGUGCAGACGCCGAUUAUGACGCCGGCGCCGGGGACGGUGCCGGCUGAGGACUUGACGGUGUCGGUGGAACCGGCGGAGGCGGCGGAGGCGGCGGAGGUGGCAGAGGGGAGCGGAAGUGCGUCCAGGGAAGCGGCGGUAGAGGGGAGUAGUGCGGUGAAUGAGGAUGAGAAGCAGCCGCCGAAGAGGCAGGUAAAGAGGGAGAAGGCCGAGUGCGUCAUCUGCUUUGAGGAGUUUGAAGAGGGCGACAUAAUUGCGCGGUUGGAGUGCCUGUGCCGGUAUCAUAAGAAAUGUAUCCGCGCAUGGUUCGACCGACGAGGUAAUGGGGAGUGUCCGGUGCAUGCUGUGCACGAGUAG